AUGCUCCCAGAUUUAUCAAGGUACAUUGCUGAUGUAGCCAUACCGGCUAAAUUGCAAGGAAAAUCUGUGUCACCCCUUGACUUGUUUAAUCCUCUGACUGUCAAGCCAAUAUAUGGCGUUCCGGUGGGUGGAAUUGGUUGUGGAACAAUCGGUCGAGGCUACAAAGGGGAGUUUUGCCGAUCAAGUCUCAUACCUGGCCGUUUUAACUAUGAUGUUGGUGUGGCUGAUCAGUUCAUUCUCACCGUCAAGAAAAACGGGACGUGCUUGUACCAUCAAGUUCUAUCACCGCCUCCUGAUCCAGUUAAGCGUACCAAUUGUUUUCAAUCAUGGAAAUGGUCCACGUCGCCAGGUGUUAGCACAUUCAUUGGGCUUUAUCCUCGGUCUUGGACAAUCUACAACAUUCCUGAACUAAAACUUUUGCUUAUAUGCAAGCAGGUCUCGCCGGUCAUCCCCAACAACUACAAGGACAGUUGUCUUCCGGUUGGAGCAUUUAAAUGGACCGCCGUUAAUUUUGAUACAGAUGCCGAUGUCGAUAUAUCUAUUACGAUGACCUGGAGGGGUCCGAGAGCGCCUGUGCAGUCCCCUCCACAGAAUGUUGGAACUGCUGGAACCGUGUGCUGUGAAAUUGGGCACGCACAAAACUACAAAGCAGAAGAAUAUACUAUUCCGUUUGAUGAUGCUGAAAACCAGCUCUGUGGAUGCUUGUUGGAAACGCUUAUUGAUGACAUGCCCUGCUGCUUUGGCAUUGCAUCCAAGUCAUCUGAGAGGGUUGAGGUUACACGCUCGUUGGGAUUUCGUUUUGGUGACAAAGGCGGCAGAGGACAACAGUCCCCCAGGGGAGAGCAGCCCUCCCUGUCGCCUUGGGGCGUCGCAUCCCACACCGCCUCUCCUGCGCAAGACGCCGUCACCGCGACCGAGUUCUGGACGAACCUCGGUCUGCACGGAAAACUGGCUGCCGAUAAAUCUGGCUAUUACGUGGGGUUGAAUAAGAAUCGGCCGAAGAUUGGUGUUGCUGUCUGUGCUUCGUUCAAGGUGCCAGCUGCCACGAAAGCGCCCAGCGCUGACGGCGAGGAUACCCCCGGUCAGGAGACGUGCGACUUUUUCCUCACUUGGCAUAUGCCGCGAGUGCACUUCCGAUCGUCUCUUGUUGCAUACAAAAGACGUUAUACCCGUUGGUUCUCUGAGGAUACAAUUGCGGGCGCGAGUGAGCUUCUCACCUAUACCUGUCAGAACAUUGAGUCCUGGGAUAGUGCAAUUGAGUCGUGGCAGGCUCAUAUUCUUGAAGACAGCGGUCUCCCUCCCUGGUAUAAGUCAGCCCUCUUCAACGAACUCUACUACCUCUCUGACGGAGGCACCGUGUGGCUGGACCCGAUCCCCUCAGUCCGUGUAAACAAGAGCGAUGACGGGCCUUCAAGCGCCAAUACCCAGUCUCCCUCCGGCAUCCCACUGGACGAGGUUCGUAGUCGCAACCCCAACGUCACUCUUGAUCCCAAUCACCUGACCGCUCGCAAUCCCCCCACCAAUGCUGCUGGUGCUGGGGAUGAACUCGCCGACCUUCCUGAAAGGGAGCUUCUUCGAAUCCGGGCAAACGUAGCCAACGACAUGGGGCUUUUCGCCUAUCUUGAGAGCCACGAAUAUCUUAUGUACAAUACCUAUGACGUCCACUUCAAUGCUUCUUGGGCUCUCAUCAAACUCUGGCCGAAACUGCAGCUCGCCGUCAACUAUGAUUUGGCUGAUAUGACCAUGAGUGAAGACCGUACUCCUAUGCAACCGAUUUUCAAGGGAACCCGGAACAAAAAGAGGAUCCGCAGCAACACCCUCGCCGUCCCUCACGACUGUGGGGACCCAGAGGAUGAACCCUGGGUUCGAAUCAACGCAUACACACUGCACGCGACCGACGAGUGGAAGGACCUCAACCCAAAAUUCGUUCUCAUGGCCUGGCGCGAUUGGAAAUUAACUAGCGACGACAACUACAUGCUUUACAUGCUCCCGCUUAUAGUGAAAGUCAUGCAAAGCUGCCUCGAAAGAUGGGAUAGCGAUGGAGACGGAUUGAUUGAAAACGGAGGCUUUGCGGACCAAACUUACGAUAUGUGGAAGACCAAAGGUGUUAGCUUCUUCUCCUUCCCUAGCGCCUACGUCGGAGGCAUCUGGCUUGCCGCGUUAUAUGCAACUAUAGAGAUGGUAUCUCACGCCCAUUCAAACGAGCUUGUUCCUGACAAAAAGAGCAACUACGAAACUCUAAAAACUAAGUUUGAGAAAAUCCUGGCUACUGCGAAAUCUUCUUAUCACGAAAAACUUUGGACUGGUGUCCUUUUUGGAUUUGUUCACCCAGCGCUCGUGACCCCACUCCAGCUCACUCAACUCUCAAGCGCAUUUCCUGUUUUGCGUGUAUCAGAGCCCUGUCUGCACGAUUGGCGAGCGUGUGCGCGCUUGCCUCGCUCACUGACGCAUCGAGCGGGCCACUCAGGGGGUUACGAGGGCCCGCCAGUGGGCGGCGUCGGUGGCGCCGUGGGGCCCAACGCUCCGAUCCUGCCGGGUGACUCAGUGUCGAUUGUCAUAAAUUCAAUUGUGAAGAGUAAUUGGCAAUCCGUUUGCAAGGGUAAAAUGGGUGCCAUCAAUGGAAUUUACCAGAACCUCGAAGUUGUGACCACAAACAUUGAAUCUCAGGAGUUCUGGGUGGGCAUAAACUACUGCCUAGCUUCACUCCUUAUACUUGAGGGAAUGCCGAUCGAUGGCUUUGACCUGUGUGGCGCCUGCUUCAAUACGGUCUACGAGGACCUAGGUCUACAGUACCAAACCCCGGAAGCCUACACUCGGGAGAAGCACUACCGGGCUCCGGGCUACAUGCGUCCUCUUGCCAUUUGGAGCAUUCAACAGGCAGUUGACUUGCGACAGCCUCGCUACACUGGAGCCAACGCUAUGGAAAAAUAG